UACGACGUGUCUCUCACGAAAUGCUGUUACUAUAACGACCAGUUUGUCGCAUGUCGCACGAAGAUUUUGGAUUGAAUUGAUUUGGUGCCUCCGGCAACUCCCGGAGGCCGUGGGAACAAACUAACGGUCGUUGGUGCCACGUACAGCAGCAGGGUUGACAAACCAUCGUAGGUCCAAAAUUGAUCGCUUUCAUGAUUGGAUCAAUCACGGCUGUCGCGAUGGCACUUACUAAACAUCGUACUUUAAGCUAGGGUUCUCCGAAAACAUACGGGAUUAUUGGUAACAGAUCAAGAAGCAAAACCUGGCAACUCUUUGCGAUAUUGCAACUUGGCCAUAUCCAACUACAAAUUCCGGCAUUAUCGCUGGCUCCAAUCAAUCCAGCCUUUGGAAACAAGCACUCACUCAUAAAUUGGAGGAUGGGCGGUGCCGCUAGAUUUGACUUAUGCUGUAUUAACCAUCUGCACGAUGACAGAUGUCAUCCGACAACACAAUCUAAAAGAUGGCCUUAACUCCAGCACUAAGUCGAUACCAUCAGGCAAACACCCAGAUGGUGAGGACGAGAAUGCGAGUAGUUCGGUCCAAUCAUCAUGCGGCAAGAGUUCGAGUUCGAACAAUGAAAAUGAUGAACUAACUUGCGCAUGCCCUUCGCUGCACGCUUAUAAAGAUAAUCACCUUGAUCGUGAUUUUGGUAUAUUCAGGCCCUCGUCAGGCAGGAGACCCGCAGCUUCGACACAAACUAUAGAGUCAUGAUGAGCUAUCGCGCUGGCACAUCACGACUCUGUUCUGAUAGAGACUGGUGUUACACCUAAUCACUUUCCUGACCCAAGGGCAAAAAUGGGGCUGCACGAAAUCACAUAGCCAACCAUCAGAGAGUGCAGCCGUUUGGACUCGUCCUACACUCCUGGGUGUGAGUACUACAAAAAAUCGCAUCCCAGUAUGCGU